CUGGUUAGAAUGAAUAAAACCAAACACAGCAAUAAUAACAAGUGUUCAGUCAUGAUGACGUCUAUAGGUGUACUGCUGUUGAGCCUGGUAGCUGCCAUGUCAGUAUAUGCAGACAUGAACCUGGAGUGUGGGCCUGGUUUUGUGACCGUCGUGUGGACAGAGCACAGAGCUCAGGUUGACACGUCACUCUUUCGUCUUGGGAACUGUUACCCCACCAGCCUGUCUGCUAGGGAGGCUGUUUUCAAUGUGGACGUCAAUGAUUGUCACUUCAAGAGACUGGUUACUGGUAAUCAGAUGACUUACACCAAUGACCUGGUCUACAUUUCCUCUCCUGAUUCUCACAUUGCUCCCUUCACUCACCCGGUCGUCUGUGUGUAUGAGAGGCCCAAAGACUGGUACCCCAUGAUCUAUGACCCAGUGUUUAACACAUAUGGUGACGGAGAGCUGGUGUUCCACAUUGGACUAAUGAAUGAUGACUUCUCAGGCCCGGCUGAAUCCACCAGCUUCCCUCUUGGCUCCUUCAUCCCCGUCAUGGCCAGUGUGGAGCAGAAAACCCAUCAGCCCUUGCUGCUGCUGCUGGAGGAAUGUGUUGCUUCAACUACACCAGAGCUGCAACCUGGGAGCCGUAUGUUCCCAAUUAUCACCAAUAAGGGAUGUUUGAUGGACAGUAAGGUAGCCAGAUCACGAUUCGAACCAAGGCAAAAAUCUUCAGAGAUCCACCUAUCCCUUCAAACCUUCAGAUUUGCUCUGGGAGAGGAGGUUUUUAUCCACUGCCAACUAGUCGCUUGGGCUCCCGAGCUUCUUGACCACACCAUGAAAGCCUGCCACUAUGUCAAGGAUUACGGUUGGGUGCUGCUGGACAAUCCUGACUACAACAAUCUUUGUGACUGCUGUGAAUCCAGCUGCAAAUCCAGGAGGAGGAGGAGUACAAUAUCUGGGAACCAUGGAAUAAUGCAGAAAGCUGUGCUUGGUCCGUUGACCAUCACUGAUGUGACGUCCUGACGUGUCUUUGGGGCCUGGCUCCAUGUCAAGACUGGUUCCUUCUGAAUUUUGUUUUUAUUCUUGGUUUAAAGCUGAAUGCCUGCCUGUAUCUACAUUUCAGAUUGUAAUAUAAAGAUGUUGCAAAACACAAA